GGCGUUGAGGUUGUUAUCCGGUAGAGGGCGGAGUACGAGUAUAAGAGAGAUAGUGAAGAGCGGGGAAUCUGGAGCUGCAGAGGGCUGGAGCUGCGGACAGGAGCGGAUAUAGGCUGCAGCGGAUGCCGGGUACCUGCACCCUGAGUGCGGUCGGCAUGAAAGGCAGGAGUCGGGGGUCUUCGGGUUGGCUUGUAUUAGCGCGAGUCGUGGUUUGCUAGACUAGUCUGGUGUCCGGUGAGCCCCAACACACACACACACACACACAUCCACACUCUACGUCUUAAGAACAGCGGGAGAUGCAUUACGUCAUAGCCUCCCGUUGCCCUAGAUGACCGCGCGCGGGACGGGAUGAUGCAGGGCUGCUGGACUAGAACAGGAAAGGAUUCCGCUGCUGCUCGCCAGUGCCCGGUGGCUGUGUCUCUACUGGACCAGGAAGAAGGGGAGCCGCCGUCGCGCGGCCGCCGGCGCUGAUGGCUCCUCUCGCCGUAAGCGGGAAAGAGACACAGCAGCCGCCGCGGCGCGAGAGAGAAGGGGACAGCAGGUAUCUGGGAAGUGACGUGGUAUCCGCGCCCCACGAGAAAGCACAACGGUGCGGUUGUCGUGCAUUUCGCAGGAGGGCAGGAGCGGGAAGGGGAACAUGGCCGCGCAGUCGGACGGCGGCAAAGCCGGUGUCGGGUACGGCGGCGGUUUCGCCCAGCUGUACGAUGUUGACGGUGAGGAGCCGAUGGACUCUGCCGCGAUCCACAUCUGUCAGUGCUGCCGCACCUCCGCUUGCUACUGGGGCUGCCGCUCAGCCUGCCUCGGCUCCCUGCUCGGCGGGGGCCAGCCUAUUGGAGGGGUCGGCAUCCGGGAGACUCACUGCCCGCCCCGGGAGCAGCUGUGGCUGGACUGCCUCUGGAUCAUCCUCGCCCUCCUCGUCUUCUUCUGGGACGUUGGCACGGACCUGUGCCUGGCGAUGGACUACUAUCAGAGACAGGACUACCUCUGGUUCGGCCUCACUCUCUUCUUCGUGCUGGUGCCAUCUGUGCUGGUCCAGAUUCUGAGUUUCCGCUGGUUCGUGCAGGACUACACCGGCGGGGGGCUCGGAGAAGUGGAGGGGCUGACCAAGCGGGGCGCGGUGGCUCUGGGAUGCCUUUAUCCCGGCAGGGACCGCCUGCAGCUGGCCACCAUCUGGCUGUGGCAGGCCACCAUACACAUCCUCCAGCUGGGACAAGUGUGGAGGUACAUCAGGACGCUGUACCUGGGCAUCAUGUCGCGUCGGCAGAAGGAGCACCAGCGCCGCUGGUACUGGGCCAUGAUGUUUGAGUACGCAGACGUCAACAUGCUGCGGCUGCUGGAGACUUUCCUGGAGUCUGCACCUCAGCUGGUCCUGCAGCUCUGCAUCAUGAUCCAGGAGAACCGAGCCGAGACGCUGCAGUGCAUUUCCUCCCUGGGGUCCCUCCUGUCUCUGGCCUGGGUUCUGGCCUCCUACCACAAACUCCUGCGAGAUUCUCGUGACGACCAGCGUAGCAUGAGCUAUCGCGGGGCGCUGCUGCACCUCUUCUGGCGCCUCUUCACCAUCUCAUCCCGCGUCCUUUCGCUUGCCCUCUUUGCCUCCCUCUUCCACAUCUACUUUGGCAUCUUUGUAGUGGUCCACUGGUGCGCCAUGGCCUUCUGGGUGGUGCACGGAGGCACCGACUUCUGUAUGUCCAAGUGGGAGGAGGUGCUCUUCAACAUGGUGGUUGGCAUUGUCUACAUCUUCUGCUGGUUUAAUGUGAAGGAGGGCCGGACGCGGUACAGAAUGGUGACGUACUACAUCGUGGUGUUGGCCGAGAACACCAUCCUCACCGGGCUGUGGUACGCCUACAGGGAUCCAGUGUUGACCGACUCCUACGCUGUCCCCGCGCUGUGCGGCGUCUACCUGACGUUCAUCGGCGGCGUCCUGAUCAUGCUGUUGUACUACGGCUUCCUGCACCCUGCCAGCGCCCACCUCCAGCCGAGCCCAGCCUCGUCCUGCUGCGCCCAGCUGCUCUGGGGUCUCCCCCUCCCCCCGUCAGCCCCGCCCACCGCCCCACCCACCCCCGCCCACAUGCCCAAGUCGCAGACGGAAGAGGAUGUGGCCGAGACGUGUCUUCCCGUCUUCCAGGUGAGAUCGGCGCCCAUCACCUCCAAGCCAGAGGGCCCACUGAUAAAGAUCGACAUGCCCAGGAAGCGUUAUCCAGCGUGGGACGCCCACUACGUAGACAGGCGCCUGCGGAGGACUAUAAACAUCCUGCAGUACAUAACGCCGGCCGCAGUGGGCAUCCGCUACCGGGAUGGACCCCUACUGUAUGAACUGUUGCAGUAUGAGUCCUCACUCUGACACACACACACACACACACACACAACAUCAAUACAGCUAAGCACAUAUGCAUCGUAAAAAAGACAUGUAUGUAUACAUGUCUUUAUUACAUGGAUGUUCAGAUUAAGAGAAUAUUUAGAAACACAUUCUCACACCAUACAACGUCGCACUUGAUGUAAGCACACAGACACAAAAGCAAUCUGUCACACUUUUUUGCGUGCACAAACACACCCACACCCACACCCACACCUACACCCACACCCACACCCACCCACAUUCCUUGCGGGCACCUACAACCUGUGAGUCCCAUGGCCAUGACUCAACAAGCUGCUUCAGCGCGAGUCCAUCUCUUUCUCUCCUCUAUCUUUCCAACUCCUCUGACCACUCGUCAUCUGCUCUCAUUGAUUUAAUAUCACACGUUUGCUCUCCGUUGUGAAGAAAAAAACAAAACAUUGAAAAAUGAGCGCAGUUUUACUUCGGAGUCUUUGACCACCGCAUGCCGUUUAUGUUGCGUUGCGCACACUUUCACGGGUUUCAGUAGAAUAAAAAGAAGUGACACAAAGAAAGAACAAACGUCACUUUUAAUAAAAAGGAGUUCGUGAACGUGUUGUCGUUAGUCUUGUCAAAAGGUAGUGUAUAUAUUUUCUAUGUACAGAAAGGAUGUUUUUUAUGUACCGUUGCGUUGUUGUCGACUGGGGACAAAGCAGCUGGACACAUCGGUUUUGGGGGUCGAUUGACAAGGUUACCAGGGAGAGUAGCAGAGCAUGAUGGGAAAGAUGGAGACACAGAGGGUAUGGCAUUUAAUUAAUUUAAUUUAAGGUUUGCGCUACAGGAAACGUUUCACAUUUUUGGGAAUACACAAAUUUCUUUUGUUGCCAGAGUUAGAUGAGAAGAUCUUUCUCUCUCUACGCUAAGUAUGGAGCCAGGAGUAGAUUAGCUUAGCUUAGAUGCUAGCCUAGCCACGUUCAAAGUUAAAGAAAGGAGAGACUGGUAUCAAUCCUCUCAUCUAACUCUCAGCCAGAAAGCCAACAAGCAUAUUUCAAACUAUUUCUCCAAGCAUGCCAACAAUUAAGCAUACACUGUGUUAGGUCAGCUGCAACAUUUAGUCUGAAAGUGAGAACAUCAGGAGUUGUAACAGCAUAAGACCCAAUACCUCCUGAAUGGCUGCCAAUGUGCAACUAAAAGAUUACUGUGCCAAAAUGACUGUGCAUUGGAAGAAUUAGUUUCCUGUUUCCUAAAACAUACUCCAAAACAAAACUAGCAUCAGUUAUACAUUACAAAUCUACAGGCCAAAAAAAAAAAGUUUUCUUGGUAAGGGGCCUGUCGUAGUCCCUUUCUCUCACUCAGCACCUUGUAUGCUUAGCUGUCAGCGUGAAGCUAGAGGUGAAGAUCUACUGAGGACAAGUGGAGGAUUUUAAUGCUACAGUUCUUAUUGCUAAACAUGUACACUAGUCAAUGUGCCAUUAUCUUUCCAUCUCCAAAAUAGUAAAGUCAAAGAGAAGAAUCCAAAACACAGUGGCACCAUCAUCUUCUAGAUAAAGGCCCAUGUUAGUGGAAUAAGUGUCUGCUGUAUGGUUAUAUCAUAAGUAUCAGCGAACACAGGAAGGGUUAUUUAUGUGUAUGCCGUUUAGGGUUCCAACAGUUCAUCUCCAAAAUUUUAGAUUAACUUUAAUCAUUCCGUCGGUUUGCCUUGAUAGGCAAUGACAAAAAUGAGAAAUCGUCUCUAAGUUUUUCAACUGAAAGAGCCAAUGCAUUUUGCAGUUAUUUUUAUCUCUGUCUACUACUACGUUUUCCUGUGUGUGAUUUCUAAAUCAUGUUGAUCCCACACUAACAGGGUGCUGCCACUGAAGCUGAUAUAAAACAGUUUUGGACUUAAAUCGUCACAACCCUCUCGAUAACUUGACUCCUCUUGUAACAAGUCCAAUACCAACUCCUCCAAAUCCACCCGCGGCUGAGCUGUGAUGUAUGGCUCAUUAUUUAUUUUUCGGUUUGUUUAUCCCUUUAAUCCAAGCUGUUAAAUUGGCAGGCGACAACAAAUUAGGCGAGAUAUCAGUCAUCAGCCCGUCGACAGGAACAUUGCGCCUGAAAUCACACGCCAUCAGGGGGCCGCCUAACACCGUGUUGCGAGUGUUUGCAAGGUAGUGAAAGUGUUUUUGCCGUCCAACCUUUUCUCCAGUCCCAUGUCAAUGAUGCAGCAGGCAAAGGCCCAGCCGUUAGACAUUUCCGAUGGUGCGGUUACAAAUGACGAACACAAACACACACAUGCUUCUUAUUAUAGCUGCUGUCCAAGGGGAUCGAGCAGGUGAACGAGAAAGAUAUUGCAUUUGUUAAAAAGGGGUACGUCAACAUUUUGGGGGGGCAAUUUUGGUCUCUGAUUUUUUUCUCAUUGAAACUAAGGUUGAAAGCAAGCUUGUUUUCAAUGAGUACAAUUGGCUAUCAAAUGAGCAGAUCCAUCAGCGCUUGAAAGCAAAUGGCAAGAAACAACAAAGCAACUUUGAUGGUCUGCUGGGAAUGAAUGGAAAUGGACCAGUAUAUAAACUGAAAGGCUGCUGAGGGAAGUGGGAACAGGUGGGUAGAUGGUUGGGGCAGUCAGGUGAUGGGGAAAAGAGGGAAAGUCUAAAGGGCAUCUGGUGAUGGAUGUAGAGGCCUGAGAUAUGUUGUUUUCUAUCAUUAUGAAUAUAUUGAAUCCUUUUAUAGACCAGUGGUUGUCUUUUUAGCUUGUUAAGGUCCCCUUUAAAACAAAGCAAAGUCUACUUCCCAUUUCUGUUAAUCAUCUUGCGACCUCUAAGAUUUAUCUCGCGACCCUUAUUGGCGUCUCUACCCCCUGGUUGGGAACCACUUUAAUAGACUAAAUAAUGAAUCCAUUGAUCAAAAAAUGAUCAACUGAAUAAAUAAUCCUGAAAAUAAUCGUUUUAAAAACAUUUUUCAGCCAAAUGUGGUAGGUGAAAAAGGAGACUAAAACACCACAAUUGUUGACGUAUCGCUUAAAGUUUGACCAACGUGAACAAAGAGUGAGCUCACAUUACUUUUCCGUGGUGCUAGCCGAUUAAAACAAAAGAACAUCUGUUACUUUGCUGCUAGUUUCAGUAGGUGAACAGAAGCAGCAGCAUCGGUGUUCAUAUGGUGCAACGCGCUCAAGCUACGGAGUCAAUUGGUUGCUAAUCCUACUUCAUAUGGUGCAAAUAUGAAACACACAUGUACUUAUGGUGCAAUAAGGGCAGAUUGUCUCUUUAAAUUCUAUGGUGCAACUUGAGUACUGCCUUCAGUUGCCGGCCAAGGCUGUGCCAAAUGCUCCGUCCAUAUGGACAACUGCUCUUCCUGUCCUGCAGAAGCUAUGCAAGUCUCCAACGCAAGGAGAUGUGCUUAGUGUACAUGCUCACACACACACACACACACACACACACAUGGUUUUCCUCCACAACAGGGAGAUAUGCUUAGUACACACAGUGAAAAGUAGUCUAACAAUAUGGGAUGUGUCCCUACCUCACUGCUUGAACACACACACACUCACACACUAAUGUCCAAUAAUCCCUUACCCCUUUAUAAUUUGGGAACAAUAUUCAUAUGGUGCUAUUGAGUAAUGCUGGAUGGAUUUUGUAUUGUCAUGGUGACAGUGGUAUAAAGAAUUUAGCCAAAUAUGUUUCACGUUCAGAUUGAUUGAAUCGUGUAAUUCAAUCAAGCUGGGUUUCCUCAAGUAGAGAGUGGACAUAAAAACAGCAACACCUUCAGUCUCUGAGAGUGACACAUAAACGCAACAAUGCCUUAUCCGCUCGACAGAACUGGAGGUGGACUAUUAUUUAUUUUUUUAGAUAUCCAAGUCAUGGUUAAAGAUAAACCUUAGGACGGGUGUGCACAUUUUUUUGGUCCACUCUGAUGUGGAUGUGAACAUUCACUGUACAUUAAGCAUGGGUUAGAGCGUGUCAGAGCACAGAAAUGGAAGGAGAACAGCAUACUGUGUUAGCACAAAAAAAACAAAUGUGUGUCAUUUAGAGAAUAGAGUCAAACAUUUUCUGUUCUGAUCGUGCUCGUGAAUUUUUUGCAUGAAUGUUUUAGAUUUGAAGGAAAAUAAGUGGUUACUGCAGAGGCUUAAAACGUAGAGUCACAGCUUCAUAUGUGCUUCUGGGUCGUUAAAGGGAGAUUUAUGUUGAGCUCCAGAGCAGCUGUCCCCACUAGUUUCUCCCUAGAACUGACCCAAACCAUGGCCCCUUUGCACCUAGAGCUCCAGCCAACCAGAGAUCAGGUUUAACAGAAAUCAGGUCUGACACAACCAAAAAAAAUACAGUUCCUUCUUUAUAUGGAGGUAUUCAUGUGUGGCAGUCAGACUCGGCGGUAGCCUCAUAUUCCAACUGCAGGUAUCCCACCUUCUUACCAUCUCCAUUCUGUUUUUUAAUUCAGACUACACUACAUAUUUGGAUCCACACUCUACAGUUGAGUCUGCAUGCUACAAAUGUCUUACUUCACCCAAAAAAACCCACAGCCUUAGCCGGGCCCACUCUGUAAGACAAAUCCAGUCAGUGUUAUUGUAUGGCUACACGUUCACAGCUAUGCAAGGUUACAGGCAGAAAGGUUCUGGGCUUGGAUAACCUUUAGACAAAAAAAAAUACCACAUCACUGUUCUAAUGUGUUGCUUGUUAUUAUGUCAUCGCCUUUUUUUCUUUGUUUGCAAACAAGAGGGUAAGAAAGCCCAAACCGCAAAGUGUUAAUUUGCAACAAUGCAAACUUUUUACAAAGCAUUUGUUCACUUUUUGCAAUUGUUUUUAAUAAUUUAUUAGUCUUGCAUGUCAUUUUUACGGACUUAAUUUACAUUAUUCUCUAUCAUGUUUGUCUGUUGGUGGGUUCAAAUUGGGAGGAGGGGGGGGGGGGGGGGGGGGGGGGGGGGGGGGGUGUAAUGCACCUUUAGGGAAUAACCAGGAUGGAUGCAACCUCCCGACAAAGGAAUGUGGUUCUGAUUGUGAAAAGUAAAACCAGAAAGUUAUCUUUUUUGUUAUUUGGAUAAACACAUAAAUGUUCCACUAUCAGGGUCUGCAAAGCAUAUGAGGCCUGUGGUUAGGCUGUGCGUGCGUACGCGUGUGUGUGUGUGUGCGUGCGUGCGAGCGAGUACUGUAUGUAUCAGAUAUUGCUUCAUAUGCUUUUUCCUUAGCCAAAGUUUGACUUACUUGGUCCAGAGCUGUGAAAUUAUCAUUACUCAUCAUGGUUUCAUAGAACUGGAGUCCAGACACUAAGCUGCUUCUGAUCUCAGACCAGUUUGUACCAGAUCUGAGUCCAACAAAUUGAAAUUAAAGUGAAGAGUUUUAUUUUUAUUUUGGCACAAAUAUUUAAAUUGAAGUCGGAGGGAUUUCAUUGGUUUGACUCAGGUGCAGACACUACAAGCACAGGGCAGGGUCAAACUAAACCUUAAUGUAGAUGUAUCUAUAAGAUGUACCAUGAGCUUUUAUUUUGUCGGGGUCAUGCUUUUCUACUGUGUUCUUCAACUUGGAAAAAAAUAACAGUAGCUCUAGAUUUCGAUGUGCAAAAAGUACCUUUUAUUUUCUUGUGGUUGGCAUUUUGAUUGUAAAUACCUUUUUCUGGUAAUCCUCCUCUGUUGGAUCUAUGUUUGAUGAGUUGGUUAGAUGGCUCUUACAAAUGUACUGAUAGUAAAUGUUCUUUAUAAAUAUCCAGAAUGUAAGACGAGAGGAGAAAAAUACGGCUUCACUGAGACUGUGUUUUCGUAAGAGUCUGUGCCAUCGUGUUGUCUCGAGUAUAAGCACACUGAUAUUAGAUCUGUAGGCAGGAUGAAGUUUGGGGAAUGACUCGCCAGACAGCCACAACCCAGCGUUAGAAUAAUACAUAAAUAAUGAUAGGUUGUCACAUUUGUCUCUCACAUUCCUGGUUUUAAUUGUUCUGCAUAGAAAGACAAUCACUACAAGCAAUGAUUAGUGAAGAAAUCAUUUUAUUUCUUUCUUUAGAGUACAAAAAAUGUCCAUUUUGCCAGCUCAUAUUUUGUGUUAAAAAAUGCUAAUGGGAACAAGAAUAUUCAGCACUCCCAAAUGGGUUUGCUAAAUAGGAGUCUGGAGCCACCAGCCUGUUAGCUUACCUUAGCACAAAGAGUGGAAGCAUUG